AUGAAAGUUUAUUUAGGUAGAGAGCCUAGAGAGAUAGUUAUUUCAUCCAAUGGUCAUAAUUUGUCAUUUAGACGAUUUUACAAGCCCUUGAAUCCAUCCCAGUCACAACAAAGUGGAUCUGUUCCAUUGUUGACCGUCCGAAGCAUAAGUGAUAGUGAGCUAUCAUCUGAUAGAUAUUUUGAAAUUCAAAAUCGUUUGUUUUAUGGUCUAAUCGGUGUCUUGUCAAUUGAAAGUGAUAUAUUUAUUGGUGUUAUAACAGGUAUUCAAAAGGUUGGUUUCCCACGUUGGAAUAAUGAUUCAGGUAGGAUUGUACCAGCUGAUAAUGUUAUUAAAGUACUCAAUGUUGAGUUUUAUAGUUUAGAUAACAACAUCUUUGACUACCUGAUAUACGAUAUCGUGGAUCAAAAUUUAGAAAAAAUCAUCAUGAACAUCCAUGCAAUUCAAUUAAAAAACUUACUUUCAGACGGUACCUUUUAUUUUUCAAGAGAGUAUGAUUUGUCAAAUGCCUUCAAAACUCAUGCUCUUUCUCAUAAUUUAGAUUAUAUAAUUGACAACCAAGACUUCGAUUACAUUUGGAAUAGAAGUCUGUUAAAUGAGCUGAUAACCUGGAGAGAACGGGCACCGCCAGAUGUUCGACAACAAUUUGAUGCAGGCUUAUUUUUUACAUUUCUAAUAAGAGGAUAUUGCAAAACAACAUUGAUUGAGGAGUUAGAUAAUACUCAUACCUCUAUCACUGUCAUAUCAAGAAUUUCCACAGAAAGCAAGCAAAACUCCUUUGCACUUACUGGAGUUAAUGAAGAUGGUAAAAUAACUGAUUUGAUAGAAACAGAAGUUAUAAUAUCCACGGAUAAAUUUAUUUUCUCGUAUUCUCAAGUAAGUGCUAAUGUACCUCUAUUUUGGGAAGCAGUGGAAAGUCAACUACGUUAUGGUAAGAAAUAUAAAAUUACGAAAGAUAUCGAUAACACUCAGGUUGCAUUCGAUCGACAUUUUGAUAACCUGGAGGAAAAAUAUGGUGUUGUAAGUAUCGUAAAUGUUGUAAAACCAAAGAGUGAGACACAAGAGUUAAUUGCAAGUACGUAUGAAAAAUGUGCCAGUGCCAGGGGUCUAAGAAUGGUGAAUUUGCAUUACAAUUCAGAUGCCAUUAUCAAAUCACCUCAAAAUAUGCUUUUGAAACUUGAGCAGGAUAUCUACGAGUUAGGUGCAUUUAUAUAUGAUAUUAACAGAGGUAUAUAUAUAGGUAAACAAACUGGUGUACUUAGAAUUAGUGUAUUGGAUUCUGUAAAAAAAAUAAAUUUGAUUGAGAAACUAGUCAGUAAGGAAGUCAUGGAGUUGAUGACGAAAGAAAUAUUAGGUUUUGAUAUGACAGACUCUUUUAUUGAAGCACACAAUAAAUUAUGGAAUGAAAAUUACUACUGGUUAGAUAGGAUGUAUUCCAAAAACACUAAGAACUUCGGGAAAUACAGAAAAGUAUAUACAAAGAUUUUUUUAUCAAGGGUAAAGGUAUACGAUCCAUUAAACCCAUAUGUGUCCAAGCACCUAAGACAACUUAGGAGCAAUUACUCUUAUGAGAAAGAUAUAUCGAUAUUUGCCGGUACUUUCAACACUAGUGGUAAAAUCUCCACUGAAGAUUUGUCUGAGUGGUUGCUUCCAAAAGAUUCCAAAUUGGAGAGCGCACCAGAUAUCUAUUUAAUUGGUUUAGAAGAAGUGGUUGAAUUAACUCCUGGGCAAAUGUUAGCGACUGAUCCCUAUGUUAAACAACACUGGGAAAAGGAGGUAUUGCACACAAUUAAUAAUGGAAGGUUUGAUAUGAAAUAUGUCAGCGUAUGGAGUAGUCAACUAGGAGGUGUGUUAUUGAUGUUACUUCUUUCAGAAUCCGAAUACAUGAAAGUUAAGCAUAUUGAAGGAGAUGUGAAAAAGACUGGUUUUGGUGGGAUGGGUUCCAACAAAGGUGCUGUUGCAGUUAGUUUCAAAUAUUCUGCCACAAGAUUUUGUGUUAUCGUCUCUCAUUUAGCUGCAGGGCUGGAUAAUGUCGAACAACGUCAUAGUGACUAUAAAACAAUUGCAAAAAAUAUCAGGUUUUCAAAAGGUUUAAGAAUAAAGGAUCAUGAUGCAAUUAUAUGGAUGGGUGAUUUUAAUUACAGAAUUUUGAUGACAAAUGAAGAAGUUCGUAGAAUGAUCAUAACCAAGGAAUAUAGUAAGUUAUUCGAACGAGACCAAUUAAACCAGCAAAUGAUCGCUGGUGCUUCUUUUCCUUACUACCAUGAAAUGGAAAUCAAGUUUCCACCAACUUAUAAAUUUGAUGCGGGAACGAAAACUUAUGAUACUAGUGAGAAAAUGCGUAUUCCUGCAUGGACAGAUCGUAUUUUAAACAGAGGUGAACUCUUGACUCAGUUAAGUUAUGGAUGCGCCGAAGAUAUUCUAUAUUCUGAUCAUAGGCCUGUGUAUGCAACAUUUAAGGCUGUUGUCACGGUUGUCGAUGAACAAAAAAAGACACAAAUAUCAAAAGACCUAUAUGAAUUUAUAACAGGCAAGCUAAGUGAUUUAAGUGAUGAAGAGAAAGUGUCUCUUUUAAAUGAUAGUACAUUUGUGACGGAUAGUUUGAAGCAGUAUGAUGAUACAUUAGCCGGACAAAGUCCUGUGGUUUCUCACCAAGAUGUCAAAAGAGGUAUGAAAUUACCUGCACCUAGUUCAGAUACUAAAAAAUGGUGGAUUGGGAAUGGCAAACAAGCUAAAGUGGUUUUGGAUGUAGAUUCUAGCUCAUAUGUACUGAAUCCGAAUAGAAGCUCCAAUCCAUUCAUUAAAGACGAUGACCUUCCUAUAUUUAUUCCUAAAUAA